CAGUUGGUCUCGGUAGGAUGGAGAAGCUGGGGGUGGUGCCCGAGGAGGAAGGUGGCUGCGAAGAGGAACUGGGUGCGUUCCGAGGCAUGGAGCCGACGGACGCGGACGCGGAGGCGGCAGGCGGCUCGCAGGCAGGUCGUUGUGAAGUGGUACCAACAGGAAGUACUUCAUCCAGAGUCAUAGUACAUGUGGACCUGGAUUGCUUUUAUGCGCAGGUAGAAAUGAUCUCACAUCCAGAGCUAAAGGGCAAACCUUUAGGGGUACAGCAGAAAUAUUUUGUGGUUACCUGCAACUAUGAAGCCAGGAAACUUGGAGUUAAGAAACUUAUGAGUGUCAGAGAUGCAAAAGAAAAGUGUCCACAGUUGGUAUUAGUUAAUGGAGAAGACUUGACUCGGUAUAGAGAGACGUCAUAUAAAGUUACAGAGCUAAUGGAAGAAUUUAGUCCACUUGUUGAGAGACUUGGAUUCGAUGAAAAUUUUGUGGAUAUAACAGAAUUGAUUGAGAAGAGACUCCAACAGCUACAAAGUGAAGAACAUUCUUCAGUGACUGUGUCGGGUCAUGUAUACAAUGAUCAAUCUAUAAACCUGCAUGACAUCUCACACAUCAGGCUACUUGUUGGAUCUCAGAUUGCAGCAGAGAUACGGGAAGCCAUAUAUAAUAAGUUGGGUCUCACUGGCUGUGCUGGAGUGGCUUCAAAUAAACUACUGGCAAAAUUAGUUUCUGGCAUCUUUAAACCAAAUCAGCAAACAGUCUUAUUACCUGAAAGUUGUCAAGAUCUCAUUCAUAGUUUGAACCACAUAAAGGAAAUACCUGGUAUUGGCUAUAAAACUUCCAAACGUCUUGAAGCACUGGGUAUCAGUAGUGUUCGUGAUCUUCAAACCUUUUCAUCCAAAAUAUUAGAAAAGGAAUUAGGAAUUUCAGUUGCUCAGCGUAUCCAGAAGCUCAGUUUUGGAGAGGAUACCUCUCCUGUGACACCCUCAGGACCACCUCAGUCCUUUAGUGAAGAAGAUUCAUUUAAAAAGUGUUCAUCAGAAGAUGAAGCUAAACAAAAGAUUGCAGAACUACUUGAUAGUCUUUUUAACAGAGUAUGUCAAGAUGGAAGGAAGCCACAUACAGUAAGAUUAAUAAUCCGUCGGUAUUCAUCUGAGAAGCACUAUAGUCGUGAAAGUCGUCAGUGCCCUGUUCCAUCCCAUGUAAUUCAGAAGUUAGGGACGACAGGAAACUACGAUGUGAUGACUCCAAUGGUUGAUAUACUUAUGAAACUUUUUCGAAAUAUGGUGAAUGUAAAGAUGCCAUUUCACCUUACACUACUAAGUGUGUGCUUCUGCAAUCUUAAAGCACCAAAUACUACCAAGAAAGGACCUAUUGACUGUUAUUUAACACCGUCAUUAUCAACAACAUCAUGCUCUGGCAAGCGCAGUUUUGUGUAAUCUAUACUGAAGGCUGUGGUCUUUGAUCUUCAUCAGUAAGUGCUUCAAGUCUUCUUAAUUUUCAGCAAGCUAGGCCAUGUCAUCUGCAUAUCUCAGGUUGUUAAUGAGUCUUCUUCCAAUUCUGAUGCCAUGUUUUUCUUCAUAUAGCCCAGCAGCACAGAUAUCUUGUUGUUCAGCAUACAGAUUGAAUAAGUGAGGUGAAAGGAUACAACCAUGCAGUUCACCUUUUCGAAUUUUGAACCAUGCAGUAUCCCCUUGUUCUGUUCAAAUGACUGACUCUUGAUCUACGUAUAGGUUCUGCAUGAGCACAAUUAACCGUCUUGGAAUUCUCAUUCUUUUUAAUAUUAUUCAUAAUUUGUUAUGAUCUGCACGGUUGAAUGCCACAUUCAAAUUUUGGUGCUGGUGAAGAAUAUUGAAUAUAUCGCGGACUACCAAAGGAAUGAACAAAUCAGUCUUAGAAGAAAUACAACCAGAAUGCUCCUGAGACUUGAAUAUGGUGAGACUUAGACUGGCAUGCUUUGGAUACAUCAUCAGGAAAGAUCAGUCACUAAAAAAGCACAUUACAUUUAGUAGAGGGUCAGCAAAAAUGGUGGAAAGUCUCAACGAGAUGAGUUGACACAACAGCCACAACAACGGACACAAACGUACCAGCGAUCAUGAAGAUGGGAAAGGAAUGGUAGCAUUUCCUUCUGAUACACGUGAGGUCACUAUUAGUUGGAGCCUAGUUUACGGCAGUUAACAAUGACAUCGUAUAUUACAGUUGCUGGUCUUAAAUCUAUGUGUUGUGAUCUAAGAAAACAGCAUCACUAGAUAAAUGAGAAAAUUGUUACAAAGAUUCCCAGUUGCGGAAGUGUUAACACAUUUUAUAACAGUAUAUAGGGAGGUGAUGGAUUAUCUCAUAAAUAGAAAAAUAUUUCCAUAUUCUGCAAAUCAAAUAUUUUUGUCAGUUUAUAGAUAAGCUACCAGCCCUCCCUCCUUGCCCCAAUUUUUUUUUUUUUAAGUAUUUAAACAAAUCAUGGUUUUUAAGUUCUGCUGAAUUUUGAUGUCAAUAUUGUAUGACUGCUGAUUUUACAGUUGUUAAAAUUGAGAGUAUGGCAAUGGAGAGGCAGAAAGAAGCCAGUUACAUUUUUAAAUGACUAAAACAAAAACUCCGCACAUGAUAGUUUUGUGAACCUCUGAUUAUUAACAAUUUAGAAAUGUGGAAUGCUUUUAAAAAUAACUGUUAUUUGCUAAAUUGUUCAUACUUAAAAUUAACUCUGACUAUAAAAUAUUUUUAUUUCUUAUUUUUCAUUGUUUAAUCAUCCAGUGUAUAAUUUCAAUACUUUAUUUACAUUUAAGAUUAAAAUGAGAACAGAAUAGUAUCAUGCAAAUAGUGAAUUAGUGCCCUCUUUUUUUUUUUACAUUUAUCUCUGACUCUUUCAUUCCAUUUAUUAACUGAAACUUUAAAAGGCAUUUACUUUUCAUAUUUUAAUAAACAUUUAGAAGGGGAAUUAAAGGUCCCUAAUACAUUUUUUUUUUUUUUAAUUUACAGAAGGAAAUCCUGGUGGCAUAGUGGUUAAGUGCUAUGGCUGUUAACCAAGAGGUUUGCAGUUCGAAUCUGCCAGGCGCUCCUUGGAAACUCUACGGGGCAGUUCUACUCUGUCCUAUAGGGUCGCUAUGAGUCGGAAUCGACUUGAUUGGAGUGGGUUUGGUUUUGGUUUUUAAUUUACAGAAAUAUUGCAUGUUUCCAUCAAGUUGAUUCUGAUGGCUAAAGUUCAUAGCAACCCUAUAGGACAGAGUAGAACUGCCCCAUAGUAUUUCCAAGGAGCAGCUGGUGGAUUUGAACUGCCACCCUUUUGGUUAGCAACUGAGCUCUUAACCACCUCGCCGCCAGGGCUCCACAAAGGUAUUAGAGGACUAAAUAUAAGUGAAAAUUACCUUGUGCAUGUCUGGCACAAAAUGGAUGCUUAAUAAAUACUAUGGCCUUAAUCUCUUCUUUGAUUUUUUUUCUGAGAUUACUAUUGUGUUGAUGUUUACUGAGUUACAUUUGGCUGUACACACGUUUUUCUUAUGCUUAAAACUGUUGUUUUGUUGGAUGUCAUUGAGUUGGUCCAGACUCAUAGCGACCCUACGUACAACAGAACGAAAUACUGCCCAGUCCCUGCACCAUCCUCACAGUUUUUCCUAGGCUUGAGCCCAUUGUUGUAGCCACUGUGUCAGUCCAUUCUCAUUGAGGCUUUUCCUCUUUUUCACUGACCGUUUAGUUUACCAAGGUUGAUGUCCUUCUCCAGGGACUGAUCCCUCCUGAUAGUAUGUCCAAAGUAUGUGAGUCUUGCCAUCUUUGCUUCUAAGGAGCAUUCUGGCAUCAUUUUUGUCACCAAGGCCAUAUUUUCCACUACCGAUCCAUCUUUGUUUCCAACUAUUGCAUUCCAAUCACCAGAAAUUAUCAUUGCAUCUUGAUAGUAUGUUUGAUCAAUUUCAGGCUGCAGAAGCUGAUAAAAAAUCUUUAGUUUUCUCAUCUUUAGCAUUAGAGGUUGUGUAAAUUUGAAUAAUAGUCAUAUUAAUUGGUCUUCCUUUUAGGCGUAUGGAUACUAUCCCAUCACUGACAACGUUGUACUUCAGAGUAGAUCUUGAAAUGCUGUUUUUGACAAUGAAUGCAAUGCCAUUUGUCUUCAAUUUGUCAUUCCCAACAUGGUAGACCAUAUGAUUGAUUUAAAAUGGCCAAUACCAGUCUGUUUCAGCUCACUAGUGCCUAGGAUAUCGAUAUUGAUGUGUUCCGUUUCAUUUUUGACGAUUUCCAGUUUUCCUAGGUUCAUACUUUGUACGUUCCAUGUUCCAAUUAUUAAUGGACUUUUGCAGCAGUUUUUUCUCUUUGGAUCAUGCCACAUCAACAAAUGAAGAUCCCGAAAGCUUUACUCCAUUCAUGUUAUUAAAGAUGUCAUUUUGAGGUGGCAGCCCUUCCCCAGUAAUAUUUUGAGUGCUCAUCAUCUGGCACUAUACCAGACAGUGUUCCGCUGCUAUUCAGAAGGUUUUCAGUGGCCAGUUUUUUUCAGAAGUAGACCGCGAGGUUCUUUUUAGCCAUGUUAGUCUGGAAGCUCUGCUGAAACCACCACUCUUCAGUCAGUUUGUCAUACUUUGGUGGCUUGUGUGUUAACUAUGAUUUGUACUUAAAACUAGAGGGAAAUUAAAAAAAAAUUUUUUUUAUUGAACUUUAGAUGAAAGUUUACAGAACAAACUAGUUUCUUGUCAGUUAGUACACACAUCGUUGUAUGACAUUGGAUAACAACCCCAUGACUGGGUUCCCUAUUACCAGCUUUCGUGUUCCUUCCUACCUUCCAGUCUCUGCCCCAGGGCUGGUGCGCCACUUUAGUCUUGUUUUGUUCCAUGGGCCUGUUCAGCCUUUGGCUGAAAGGGGAACCUCAGGAGUGACCCCAUUACUGAGCUAAAAAGGUGUCCGGGGGCCAUACUCUAAGGCUUUCUCCAGCUCUGUCCAGGACCCUCUAUUGUAAUCCCUGUCAGGGCAGUCAGUGGUGGUAGCCAGGCACCAUCUAGUUGUACUGGACUCAGUCUGGUGGAGGCAGUGGUAGAUGUGGUCCGUUAGUCCUUUGGACUAAUCUUUCCUUUGUGUCUUUAGUUUUCUUUAUUUUUCCAUGCUCCCGAAGGGGUGAGACCAGUGGAGUAUCCUAGAUGGCCACUCACAGGCUUUUAAGACCCCACGCCACUCACCAAAGUAGAAAGUAGAACAUUUUCUUUAUAAACUACAUUAUGCCAGUGGAGCUCAAUGUUUCUCGAGACCAUGGUCCCCACAGCUAGAGGGGAAAUUUUAGUGAAAAACUUUACAUAGCAAAAUUAUACAUCAAAAAUUAAAAAGAUUUAAAGAAUUUUUGUUUUAGGUAAAUAUAAACCGGUAUUACAUGUUAAUAAUGAUGUGGAAGUUUUACGAAAGAAGUAUUUUUUCUUUCUGCUAAAUGGCUUAAUCGUCCCUAGUUGUUUAGAACUGGCCAAAAAGGGUGGAAGUUGUUGAGUCUGUUAGAAUACUUAGAUAAUAGCUAUAAACACACUUCAGGAGCCUGGAUGCUUAAAGAAUAUUAGGUACCUAAAUUACUCUGGUAUCCUUUUC